CUCGGGAAGCAAGAAGAACUUUACUGGUGUCUUUAACAAUGUCUAACACAGUGAAAACCCCCAAACAGAGGGAGAAGCUACUCGUGAGGUUGAACAACGACAGCCAGGCAUCUCGAGAUCUCAAAAAGCUUCUGUCUCUACUCGAAAGGAACACACCCAGACCAGAGGUGGAAUUAAAAUCACGUGUUACCGGGGCCAAGAAGUCACAAAUAUCUCAUCCAAAUAACUCAAACAAGUCCGAGCUCAGUGUCAACUUGGCUCUGCAGAAAUUCAGUGAAGAGUAUGAGAACCAAAGAUGCUUCAGCAGCCACCCCCUGCACAAACUCUUUAGUAACCUCCUGAUUUCUCUGGUCAAGAAUCGACUGUGCAGUGAGUGGAUUGACACGGCUGUACCAGAGUCAGUCCUCACAGUUCUCACCUGCCUCCGAAUACUGGUCAGAGACAUGGAACUUCAGAAACUCUUCCAUCAACACCAGGGCAUCUCAUUAUUGGCCAGGUAUCUGGAGUCAGUGAGUUCAGCGUACUUCUCAUGUGGGGGACAGGCCUUUGUAGGACAGAUGCUCAUCACCAUGACAUACAUGUUCCAGAAGAUGUCUGCGUCUGAGGAGCUGAGACCACACAUCAUGGACACUGGAGUCCACAAGACUCUGGUGAAGCUGCUGUCCUCCACAGACAGCAGUGUGUUACUGGGAGCUCUGCUGGCUCUCACCUCCUUGGCCCAGUGACAUGUAUUUGUGUACAGUCCUGAAUGCAGACAGCAGAUUGGAGAGCUCCACAUUGUGGAAAACCUGCUCCUGAUUCUUCAAGAAUAUGACCUCCUGUCGAAGAAGAUGUGUGCGGAGCUGCUGCGUCUGCUGUGUUCAGAGCAGUGUGUGCGGGGACAGCUGUGUGCUCUGAGGGGGGUGCCCGUGCUCCUCAGCCUGCUCCACUCGCAUCACCUGAAGCUGCUCUGGAGCCUGUGCUGGGUCCUGGUGCAGAUGUGUCAAGAGCCUGAAGCCAGAGCAGAGAUCAGGAGCUGGGGAGGAGUCCAGCAGCUGCUCCGCCUGCUCAGCUGUGACAGACAGUAUGUGUGGGACCGCUCCUCCAUUGAGACCUUGUCCAGUGCAAAUGCAGCAGGUCGACUCCAUAAACAGCACACAACAGAAGAGCCGAGCCCACAGGAGCAGCAGGACAACAUCGCCGCUCUGCAGGCAGCGUGUUGCACAGCUCUGACAGAACUGAGCCUGGACGACUCUUGUGCUCAUCACAUUGUGCAGGAGAAUGGAGUCUUCAUCAUUGCCAAGUUCAUUCUGCCGCAGACAUAUGGAGCAAAGGGUGUUUUACAGUGCUAUGCGUUCAGGGCCUUACGCUUUCUGUUCAGUAUGGAGAGAAACAGACAUGUCUUCAAACGGCUCUUUCCCACAGAUCUCUUUGAGCUGUUUAUUGAUGUUGGACACUACGUCCGAGACCUCACAGCCUACGAGACUCUGCAGGACAAAGUCUCCCUCUACUCUGAGGAGGAGCUGGAGAGUCUGAGGGACAGUAUUGUGGCUGUGGACCAGAGCAGACCUCCUCUCAGGGUCAUCAGUGGGUACUCCAUACUGGACCAUCUGGGCACGGGGGCAUUUGGGAGUGUCUUCAAGGUGAGGAAGCAGGGUAGUCAGACGCUCCUGGCUCUGAAGGAGGUGAACCUACACAACCCGGCGUUCGGGAAAGACAAGAAGUCCAGAGACAGUAACACGGACAAGAUCAUCUCUGAGCUGAGCAUCAUCAGAGAGCAGAUGGCUCACCCAAACAUUGUCAAGUACUAUAAGACAUUUCUGGAAGGGGAGAGGCUGUACAUAGUGAUGGAGCUGAUAGAUGGGGUUCCUCUGGCUGAACACCUGAGCUCUCUGAAGGAGAAGAACCAGAGCUUCACAGAGGAGAGGGUGUGGAACAUCUUCAUCCAGAUGUGCCUGGCUCUCAGAUACCUGCACAGGGACAAACGCAUCGUGCACCGGGACCUGUCUCCAAACAACAUCAUGUUAGGAGAGCAGGACUGGGUCACUAUCACUGACUUUGGACUGGCCAAACAGAAGCAGGAGAACAGCAAACUCACCUCCGUUGUGGGCACUAUUCUGUACUCCUGCCCUGAGGUGGUGAAGAGUGAGCCGUAUGGGGAGAAGGCAGACGUGUGGGCUCUGGGCUGCGUGCUCUAUCAGAUGGUCACUCUGCAGCCUCCUUUCUACAGCUCCAACAUGCUCUCCCUCGCAAACAAGAUCGUGGAAGCCCAGUAUGAACCAGUGAAGAGUGAUCAGUACUCAGACAGAGUCGUCCACAUGAUCAAAUGGUUGCUGAGUCCGUCCCCAGAGCAGCGUCCAGACAUCGUACAGGUCAGCUCCAGCAUCUCAGAUCUCCUGAUGAGAGCCAUGGACCGCCUCCACUCCUCCCACAAUGCACUGGAGCGCAGGGCCCAGAGGGACAGGAAGAGGGCGCACAGAUACUUCUUAGAGAGGAACCAGGCCAACGCGCACGCAGCCCCUACACAGGAAAGGUGCAGGACUCAGGAAGGCAAAGACAAGGAUAAGUCCUCAGUGCAGAUGGAUUCUUCCGCUCCUCGUCAGCACAGUCCUACUCAGGGUGAAGGCUCAGAGGAAGAAGAGGAACUGUUGGACAUCAAAAACAACGGACCCAAUGGAGAAAUGUGCGUUUUCAAAUCAAAGCUGUGUUCAACCCCAGAGCAGUUAACAGAGCGGGACUGUGGCUCUGCUAAGACCAAAUCCAGACCAGGUUCUGUGUCUGCAGCCCUGUGUGUGUCCCAGAGCCGACUGAGACAGAUCGAUGACCCCAGCAACAGACUCCUGCUGCAACUACACAAAGUCCUCUUCAUAACACAGCUUCCUCCUGCUCUUCAUCAUGACUCCAAGCGCCACCUGGUGGAGAGGUUCAAGAAGUCCCUUUUCAACGCACACAGUGACCCAUACAACCUCAAAGGAGAGCUCAGCAAGCUCCUCCAGGCGUCUUCUGAAGUGAUGGAGCUCGGUUUGGUCCCUGACUGGUCUCUAGUCCAACAGCCCCCCACACACUCCGCGGCAGAUGGAGUCACCUAUGAACAGAUGCAGGUUUUCAUUGAAGAGCUGCUUGAAGAAAACGGCUACUACAAAUCCACCAGGUGACUUCAGAGCAGCUACAACCGGACCAGAAGAUAUUUUACACAUUUUAUUUAUCUCUCUCUUUAGGGGUACACAGAAAAGACUUUUACCAACAUAGUAGCAACUAAAUGUACAAAUAUAAAAACACACUCAGGCUGUUUUACUUCUUCAUUGUUUUGCACUUUUUGAGGUCACACUGUGUGUGUGACAGAUAAUAUUGG